ACUCUUCCAAGAAGCUUAACGUAUUCGUUAAUGUAGGCAUUUCUGGUAAGUAGUUUCCUGUUUAACAGCUCCGCAGACACAGAAAACUAAAUGUAAGCUGUUGCUCUUGUAGUUCCAAAAGCUGCGAAAGCGUACCUGCUGACCAACGUUUUGACUAUUUUAGGCAGUUAAAUGAAAACACACCGGAAUCGAUUGGAGCACUCCACGAUAACUGCGACAGAAUGUGAGUGUUUCUAAAUACAGCCACCUGGGAGCAAGUGGAAAGAACGUUAGUACAACUAAGUUGAGCUUUUAGUAGCACAGCAAAAGUUACUUCUGUUGCGCUAGAGCAAACUGUCAGUUCACACAUGGAACUGGAUUGCAGCUACAGGAUGCCACUAGCUGUGGUGACAUAUUUGUUGCGUGUGUGAAGUCGGCUGUAAAAAAGUAACUUGAGAAAAACCUAUGUCUCCAGUAAACAUCGACUGUUACGCACUGAUUUUAGAAUGCAAACGCAACACCCUAAUGACAUUCGGUUUUGCUAGUGCCAUUUAAAAGGCAAGUCAAGUGGAUUUUACAGACGAAUUUUACUAACUGUCGGGUCGGAACGCAGAGAUAUGUAAAUAUUAUGUAUAAUAUCGCAGAUACACGGUACUAACUGAGUUUGAAACCAUAUAGCGCGAAGUAAUGGAUUUGACGCCUGAAAUUUGUAUAUGACAGAGCGUCGUUGACGUGAAUUAUGAGCUGUGUAUUAGUGUGUUUUGUAUUGAUGUACUUGUCAAUGUCAUGAGAUAAAGCGAUGGAAGACGGUAACGAUUCCGACGCGACUGUGUAUGAUGGAGAUAUGGAAACGGAAGAAGAGGAUUCCGAGGUAGCUGUCGUGCAUGAAACUGUUGCUUCAGAAACCGAGGUUGUUUCCCAUGUUGGACCCCAAUCAAGUGAUACAGGCUCUCUUAAAGCUGAUUGUCAGUCAAAUGAAAAUCAAGCAUAUGAACAUAAAAAUACAAAAGACGACCUGAAUGCAUCUGAUGAUGGGGAUGAUGGAAGUUUGUGCCCAAUCUGCAUGGAUUUCUGGACCAAUGCAGGAAGUCAUCGACUGAUUUCCCUAAGGUGUGGACAUCUGUUUGGAUAUUCGUGUAUUACACGCUGGCUUCAAGUUUCUUGCUCAGCUGGACAGAGGAGAUGCCCUCAGUGCAAUAAAAAAGCGUCACCAAAAGACAUAAGAUUUUUAUAUGCUCGUAGAGUUCAAGCACUUGACACUGUAGAAAAAGAAAAAUUGAAGUUGCAGGUAGAAAGCUUACAGCAAGAGAAAAAUAGACUUGUUCUUGAAUUAGCCCAAUCUAAGUUGAACCAGGAACUCCACUUAAAGGAAAUUUGGGAACUAAAGCGUAAGUGCGAACAAUUGCUUUCAUCUCAGUCACAGAAUGCAGUGCGUGGAAGAGAAAUGUCAGCAUCUCAGAGUAGCUCCCAGAGAAAUAUACGUAUCCUACACGAUCGCACCAUAGAAGUUUGUAAAAGUGGAGGCUGCCGUGUUGCUGCAUUCAGCCUGUGGCACAAGCUUCUAGUUGUUUCGCAAAGCUCUACAAAUAAUCUGUUUUCAGGUUUUGGUAUCAAAAAGAUAGAUGCUGUAGAUUUGCAUCCAACACAAUUUCUCUUCCUCCAUCCAAAGCCAAUCAGGGACAUGGCAUUUCAUCAUGAAAGAAAUGAAUUGCUUCUUACUGUUUCUCUGGACAAAUGUGCUAAAUUAGUGGAUAUCACAAGUAAUUCUGUUGUACAUACAUAUACAACAGACAGUUCUCUGUGGAGCUGUUGCUGGGAUGUUAAUGAUCCAAAUGUACUUUUUGUCGGAAGCCAGAAUGGUGUAGUGUCCCAGUUUGAUAUGAGGCAAACGAGUAAUGCAGUUGCACGUCAUUCUGUACCUGGAGAUACAUCACCUGUUACGUCAUUAGCAGCCUUUCCUGCCAAGGGAAAUAGAACCUUGUCACGGGGAGGAUUUUUAGCAUGUAGGCUUAAUUCAUGUUGUGCAUACGAAAGAAAUGCAGAUAAUUUUUCAGUGCAACAUUUACCUCUUUCUGGACCUUUUACUUCUUUGUGUUAUGAUGAACACACAGAUCAUAUUUUAGUCUCUACUAGGCCUAAUGCAAGGGUUCCAAAUUCUUGUCAUAUUUUGUGUCAGUUUGGGGCAGAUGGCACAAGUGCAGUUUGUUGCCCUGUGCACACAUUUAUGGGAAGUACAACUCAGAAACUUUUGUCAAGACCCUGUACUGUCUCUGUGCAGGGAGAUACACUGGUGGCAGCUCACAUUGAGAGCUCAAAAAUUGUUGCCGUGUGGAGUGUAUCUUCAGGUCAGCGUCUUCUCAGUCUUCCGGCUUCAGAACCUAUUAUCGAUAUUUGCCCAUUGAACGUGGAUGGAAUACUUUAUUUGUCAGCGCUCUCAGAAAAGUCGUUGCGGUUAUAUAGUGUAAAGCAUACAUGAAAAAAGUUGUGCAAAUUCUUACGGUAACUCAUAAUCUUGUAAAUAUAACAGUGUGUAAAAGCAGUAAUUUUUGAUACUUUUGUCAGUAUGGUACUUUUUAAAGUAUUCUGUGAGUGCUAUAAAUGUAUAUAUGAAUUUUGAAAUAAAUGUAAAAAUCAGUUUUAAUAAUAAAUUGUUUCUUAAUAGUUAAAUGAAAUUGUUAAAAUGCCACUAUUGGAUGAAUGCACAUUAUGAAACAGUUCAUUCAUAAAGUUUGAAGUUUAAAUGUGAAAAAAAAAAAAAAAAAAUCUGAAAAGUACAUUAUGAAAGAAGCUCGUAUUUUUGCAGAUUAAUUAAUUCCAAUACACAGUCAACAAAU